GAUAGCAAAAAAAAUCAGAAUAUUGAUAUUAAUCAAAUAAAAUCAGAGAAAAGUAGAGCUAAAAAUCGAAAUAAACAAUUGGGAUUUCGUAUAGUCGGUAUAGAAUGGCUAGUAUUACGUUCAAGAAUCGACCCACCCAGGUGCUGCACACCUACCAAGUCUGGCGCAUCGGCAGCAAUGUGAACGACAAGAGUCUGGACUACUGUCUUGCGGACAAGUCGGUGGACAAGUUCCAUGCCAGCUUGACCCGCGGCGAGAAGGGUUUGUUUCUGGUCAACGAGAGUCGCCAUGGAAGUGUGGCCGUGAAUGGCGAGCGGGUUGGCGGUCCCGUGCUGAUCACCUAUCGCGAUGCCAUCAAUGGCAUUGUCAAGCUCCGUUUUGGCCGGGUCGAGGGAUAUCUGCGCGUAUCGGGAAGCAUUACUGGCUAACCCAGCAUCCUAGUCUCUCUUUGGAUAUAUGGGUUUUUUAAAUCGUUCGUUUUUUUGUACCUAAACGUGCAUUUUCAUAAAUACAAAAAAAAGAUAAAUUGAUAAAAUGCAA